AUGUCGCGCUUCUCCAGUUUUGAUGGGUUAAGCUUGUUGGAUUCUCUAGUUCCUCCUGAUGCGCAUAACAUAGAGGUUUCUCUAGGGGUUUCAAAAUCACUUGGGAAGGGUAAAUACUCGGUAUUUUGUUUAUAUGCUAACCAGUUCCGUGAUCUUCGAGAGCGGUGCUGCCCUUCAGAGCUUGAUUAUAUUGCUUCCCUUAGCCGAUGCAGAAAUUGGGAUGCCAAAGGAGGGAAGAGCAAGUCCUUUUUUGCUAAAACACUUGAUGAUAGGUUUAUUAUAAAAGAAAUCAAGAACACAGAAUAUGAAUCAUUUCAGAAGUUUGCUUUACAUUAUUUCAAGUACAUGAACCAAUCAUUUGAGUCGGGAAGCCAAACUUGCCUUGCUAAAGUUCUUGGGAUUUAUCAGGUAAUAGUAAGACAGCCUAAAACAGGGAAAGAGACGAGACAUGAUCUUAUGGUGAUGGAGAAUCUUACCUUUGGUAGAAAUAUUACUCGCCAGUAUGAUCUUAAAGGGGCCUUGCAUGCUCGAUUCAAUUCUGCUGCUGAGGGUUCUGGAGAUGUUCUUUUGGAUCAGAACUUUGUCAAUGACAUGAAUUCCUCUCCAUUAUAUGUUAGUAAUCAAGCCAAGCGUCUCUUGCAACGGGCUGUAUGGAAUGACACAACUUUCCUCAACUCAAACAAUGUAAUGGAUUAUUCUUUACUUGUUGGGGUGGAUACGGAGCGGCGGGAGCUUGUAUGUGGGAUCAUUGAUUAUCUCAGGCAGUAUACUUGGGACAAACAACUGGAGACAUGGGUUAAGUCUUCAUUGGUUGUUCCUAAGAAUUUGUUGCCAACUGUAAUUUCUCCCAGGGAAUAUAAGAAAAGAUUCAGAAAGUUCAUGUCAACUUACUUUUUGAGUGUCCCUGAUCACUGGUGUUCACAGGGAACCUCUGACCCUUGCCAACUGUGUGGCACCCCAAAUGAUGCCUGGUCUCAACCCAAGUCCCUAAAUGGUAUUUCUGCCUAGUUCUCGUAUUCCUUGUUUCACAUUUUUUAUUUGAAUUAGCCCUCAUUUUUUAUAGCCAGUUGAAAAAUGCUGUGUAUAUGUAUAUAUACCCAACCCCAUUAUAAUGCAAUUUUUAGCAAAUUUGUGGGGAUAGUUUCAACUAGCAUUCAUCUUAUGUUCAUAAUUUUGUAUGGUCGAGUGAGAAUGUAAAGACCCGAGGUUAUUGGAAGAUUGAUAAUGUAAAAUCAAUUUAAAGUUUCAGCUACCAA